AUUGAGUUUUGGUGCUACUUUGGUGUCAGCAUCAGUUUUUGAUUUGCUGCUUCUCGUACAACAUCUCUCGAAUGAACAUUUCUCUUUUGUAAAUAUAAAUCUUAAUUUUGUAUAUUCGUAUCGAAAAAGAAACCGAACGUUAAAUAACUUAGCCGCGCUAUUUCGAAAAUUAAAAUUUUGAUUCAUUCCAUCGAAACUGCUUGAUAAGAAUUACGAAGAUUUAAGUUUGAAAGAAGCAAAAAUCAGCAAAUAUGUCGAAUUUGAUUCAUCAAAUGGUCAACAACUGCAAUGAGAUUUUGGAUACUAAUAAUAAAAAUAAUAAAGAAAUCAUAAUAGAUACAUGGCCCAUGAUGUAUUCCCCAGGUCCUAUAUUAUGCAUCGUAGGCUGUUAUCUAGCAUUCGUUUUGAAAGUUGGACCGAAAAUGAUGGAGAAGAGGUCCCCUUUUCAAUUGAAUUUCUUGUUACUCGCUUACAACAUGAUCCAAGUGAUAUUCAAUAUCUGGUUAUCACUCAAAGCAUUAGAACCCAGUGUGGUAUCAAUUUUAUUAUUACCUAAAUGCCAAAAUCCAACGUCUCUGAAUUUAAAUACCAAAAAUACGAUAUCGUCAGCUGCCUGGUGGUAUUUCAUCGCAAAAAUAAUGGAUCUUCUUGACACGGUAUUCUUCAUACUUCGAAAAAAACAAAAUCAAGUGACAUUUCUGCAUGUUUACCACCACACGAUAACCUCAAUAUGUUCAUGGUUGUAUGUCAAAUUCCUGCCAGGCCAACAAGGUGCUGUGAUCAUUUUCUUGAAUUCUUUGGUACACGUUAUCAUGUAUACGUAUUAUUUGAUCUCUGCUUUGGGUCCUAAAUACAAAAAAUAUCUUUGGUGGAAGAAAUACAUGACUUGGAUUCAGCUGGUGCAAUUUUUUAUAUUACUCGCUUAUGAAUUGACAAUUCUCGUUUUGGGCUGCAAAGUGCCAAAAGCUUUGUCGUGUUUUGUUUUGACCAACUUAGUGAUCUUCAUCUAUUUAUUCAGUGACUUUUAUCGAAAAGCUUAUGCGAAGCAGAAAGUUUAAUUUUUUUGAAGAAUUAUUGAUUCGACGUCUUGUCGAUAAAAUGAUCGAUAAACCGAAUAUGCAAUACAUCAUUUAAUAAUAAAAAAGAAAAAAGUGUUUAUGAAAUAAUGAGAAAAAAAGAAAAAAAUAGAAAAAAGGAAAAUGGAAUUCAUUCAGAGUAAAAAAAAAAAAAGUGGAACGAAGUUUGUAAUAAGAACAUAAAUAUUAAAUAUUGAAGGAGCAGCUGCAGUUAUGAUUCGAGUUUCAACUUUGUUCUAGUGAGACAAUUUCCAGGAAUCGAAAUUUAUACUUUCGAUAUAACGGGUUCCUUCCAAAUUUAGGUCAGUGACAUCCAUUAUUUGGAGAGAGAAUGACAUAAAAGGAGGUUUGUCAGGUGGCCGAAGGAAUAUUUAUAAUGAAGUCUAGAUCGAACUCAAAUCGCUUCUUCGCUUUCGAAACAAGAUGGAUUAAAAUUGAGAAAAAAAAGUUGUAUAGAAAAAAAAACCGUCAUCUAAGUCAUUACCAUAGACAUAUUUUGGAGAAUGUUUAGAAUUUUGCAGCAAAGAGAAGACAGAUCCAAUGAUGAUUACAAUCAGGAUUAAGAAAAAUAAGAGACAGUUUAAUGCAGAAUCGAAAAAUACGACAAUUAAUCGAAAAUUAUUUGAUUAUAUAUUACAGAAUUAAAUUUUGAAUUGAAUCUUGGAAAGUGAUAUUCUAUAGUGAACAAAAGAAUUGUUUUAUACAAAUUAAAGAAAGUUGGCCAUAAUUUAGUAACCUAACCUCCUCGAUUGUGAGAAACGAUAUUAGUGCAGAUGAUUAAUCAGAAAUAAUUGAUAUGUAUUUUUAAUUUUCGAAUAUACACUUGAAACAAGAAUAUUUGAUUGUCUUUGUGUUAUGUAUUAUUAAAUGUACAUAAGAUAUUUUAUUAAGAUAAGUAUAUUAUGAUAUUUAAGAUAAAUAUAUUAUGAUAGUGAAAAAUUAAAUAAUAGUAAAGUUAAUGAUAAAUUAUAUUAUUUAAACAUAUUAUUUUAACAUGUAUAUGUAUAUUAAUAUAAGAAAAAUCAUUAUUUGUAUAUAAUUUAAAAAUUAUUAAUAAUUCAAAGUAUGCUAGUGAUUUUCAAUAAGUAUAAUUUAAAAAUUAUUAAUAAUUCAAAGUAUGCCAGUGAUUUUCAAUAAGUAUAUUUAACAUUUUUGCAUACAAAUUGAAAGAAAAUAAUUUUGAAUAUUUUUUUUUAAAAAUAUCAUAAAUAAAUAAAUCUUUUUAUUUGAAUUGUAAUAUUUUUUUAUUUAUAAUAGAAAUUAUAUAGAAAUAUAAUAGAAAUUGGAAUACAAAAUUUUUUUUAUAUGUUAUUAAAUAUUUUUUAAUACUUAUUUUAUUUAUACUUUGCAAUACAAAUAGAAAAAAAUAUUAUUUUUCUUCCUUUUUUAUAAAUCAAUUAAAAAUAUACUUUUUUAUUAGAAAUAAUAUAUAUUAUAUAGAAUAUUAAUUUGUGUGUUAAUAUUUGUAAGAUAAAAAUAAUUGGAAAGCUCUAUAUAAACUAUAGAAAUUCAGGCAUUAUGAAAGAACAAUUUUUUAUUUUUGCUAUUGUUUAUUAUCUAAGCAAAUUCAAGGAUUAAAAUUGAUAAUUAAUGCGCUAAUGAAAAUUAAUCGAAAUAAACAAGAUUUUGAAAUCGUUUUAUGAAUUCCAGUUUACUAUAUACAUUUGUGAUUUAACAUUUAUAAUGUAAUAUUUAUUUAAUAAUCAUUAAACACUAUUUUCUAUAUUAAUUUAUAAAAUAUUUAAAUAAAAUUUCACGCACAUUUAUAGUUUUAAAUAAUUAUUAUAAUUAUUUUUGAGUUGGCAGCAAAGAAACGUCGAUUUUGUGAAAAGAGAAUAUAAUAGAAUAUUCAUAUAACAUGAAUUUCAGAAAUUAUAUUCUUAUAUUCAAUUGUAAUAAUUACUUAAUUUAUAUAAUUAAUUUCAAAAAAGUACAUUAUAUUUAAUAUAUUACAAUAUUAAUAAUAUUAUUAUUACAUAUAAUACAAUAUUUUAUAUUUAAAUUCAGAUAAAAGUAAAAUAUUUCAUAGAAUAUAGAAUAUUCUAAUAUUCUAUAUUCUAUAUAUAUUUAUAAAAAAGAUUUAUAAACAAUAGCAUAUAAUUAUUUAAAAAUUGAAAUAUUUAAAAUUGUUCAUCUUAGAAUUAAAAAUUGAUAUAACAUUUCUAGCAUCUCAAUAUAAUUGAUGUUCAAAAACCUGUUUGAUGAUAGUCUGCAAAUAAUUAAAGAGAAACUAUCUUUCAUAAGCAAAUAUUUCUUAUAUUCUCUAUAAGAUAAAUGAAACAAAUUCAUCUCUUUCACCUCUCUUGUAGAAGCAAAAAAUUUUCAAGUAAUCUUGGAAUUGACAAUGUACAAUCAAUCCACUGACGUCGUAACACAUCAGAAACACACUAGAAGCACAGUCAUUAUCAACAAACAUCAAUAAACGUUUGAUUAUUUUAACUGAAUUUAAUUAAUUCGAUAUUUCGGUAAAUGGCGAUAUUUCGGUCGAUUUUUUAUAUUCAUGUCUCUUCUUUCAAAAGACUAAUCAACUUUCCUUCUUUCGUCUUGUAUGCUUCCGUUUGACACUGUCUUUGCUAUCUUGGUCUCCUUGUCUUGCAAAAGUUUUGAAUGUUUCUCGUUGGAUUUGUAUGCGUUAUUGUAGAAAUCAGAGAACAGGAAAUAGAAGAAUACCGCAUUAGGUAGAAUUAAGAUGAGCGACCAUUUUGGAUAAUCGCAGUCGUAAAACAGCAAUUGACAACUGUGCAGAAAUGCUAGGCAGAAUUGACCCUAUUUGACAUAAAAAAAAAAAUGUUAAUUUAGAUGUAAGAUUAUUUUUAAUUCAAAAAAAUUAAAAAAUAUUGAUACACAAUUGACAUUAGAAAAUAAUGAUAAAUUUCACCAUUUGAAGAGUUGUAAUAUAUUUCUUCCACCAUAGGUACUUUUGGUAUUGAGGUAAUAACGCAGCCAAUAAAUAAUAUGUGUACAUAAUUAUGUGCACGAAACUGUUAAUGACACCUGAGAAAAAAAAACGAUGUUAUCGAAUCGAAGAAAAGAUUGCAACGAUAAUACGAGAGAAAACAUAAAUUGUACAUACCUAUAAACGUGCCAUGUCCACCCGGAUAAUACUUAGUGGCACCCCACGAAACCAUUGGCAUAACAGUAUGAUGAUACAAAUGGAGAAACAGAAUUGAACGAAGGUAGAUAAAAAAGAAAAUGUAGAACGAAUAAAAGAAAUAGAAAGGAUACCCUGAGUGCUUCCGGUGAGUUCGAAUAAUCGACGGAUUGGCAUUUCCAACUGUAUUUUCGCAGCCAAGCUGCGUCCAGGCCUUCGUAGAACAGCCAGAAACUGAGAAGAACUUGUACAGGUGAUGGUAUGAGGAACCAAUCUCUUGUCCGAGGAUCUGAAAUGAAAAAAUCAAAGAAUCAGAAUACGUAUAAAAUUUCGAAAGAAAAAAAAAUCGAAGAAUUAUAUCCCACCGGAUAAAUCGUAAAACACAUGAUGAUAAAAUCGAACCAUCGAGUUGUUGUAGAUAUUCGACAUCCUGUCGAUGUGAGAUUAACUAUCGAUCUAUAUAAUUAAAUCUAUUGCAGAAAAAUUAUUGGAAUUAAUACAUACAAUUAAUCUUUAAAAAUGAUUAAUAUAUAUAAAGAGAUUUCUGGCUGAAUAAAAAUCGAUCUUCGUCAAAUGGAAGAAUUUGAAAUUAUUUGUAGAUCAAUUUGGUAGUAAUAUCAACAACUCUAUAUAUUUAAUAUCACUUUCACAAAUUGAAUUUUUUUUUACAUUGAUUAAUUUGUUUAUCUACUUCUCUAUUUUUCUAGUAAAUCAACAUUCUUAUAUGUAACGACACAAAAGUAUAUAUUAUUUCUUACAUAUAUCGUUUCAUUUUUAUAACAUCAAAUUCAAUCAAUAUGAAAGUAUUAUUCGAUAUACGUGGAUUUAAUUAAUCAGCAUGUAAAUGUUAUAAUAAGUAUAACAAUAUGCAAAUACUUGUGUGACCAUAAUAUAUACAUUUAUAUGUACGAAAACUAGUCUCGAUUUCAUGCACGAUUUGAUGCAUAACGGAAAAAUGAAGGAGAAAACAGAACGCUCGAUUUCGCAGUCCUUAAUGAUAAUGUUUAGCAAGUUUGCACAAUGGUAAUGUAACACAUAUGUAAUGGCUUUCAAACAAAUUGGUGGAGAAAUAAAUAAAAACAAAAAGGAGGUCAAAUAUGGUUAUCCACGAACAAAUUAAGAACAAAAAUGAAAUAUACCUCUUUUUACUCUUUCUUAUUAGCCUAUUAGCCUGCAUUAACAUAACCGUAUCCAUUGGGCAAACUUGUCAAAUAUUGCUCGUAAAAUUACGAGUAAAGCAUUUUCUUCUCGAAACCAACUGAAAUAGAUCACUCUCCAUCAAUUGCUGUGGCGAUAAUAACAGUUCAGGCAAGGACACUUUAGACACAAGUGAUCUGCAUCUCUUUCAAAGUGGCAAAACUUGAACAGUUUCCGAGUCUGAAUGUGAUUUAACCAUAAAAAGGCGAAUGGCGACACCUUUUUCAAUAUAUUUAUAUCCGUUUCUAUUAUCCUGGUCUUAUAGAAUCAAGGAUUGCAUGACGUGAAUAUUUUAUGAUGUACACAGUGUGGGAACAAAAUAAUAACGAUAAAAUAAAUGAUAAUUUAUUACUAUUAUUACUAUGGAAAAUGAGGAAAAUUUUUAUUUUCUUCUUGGAAGGAGGAUUCUUUAAACUCAAAAAAAAAAAAAAAAAAAAUGUAUCCAGCAUUAUGAGAAUAAUGCGAAGUAUAACGUUUUUAUAAUUGGAUUUUUGUACUCGUGCAUAAAAUAUAUAACUUGAAUCAAAGUUUAACAAUUAAGGAGGAAAUGUUUUAAUGAAGUUCACUGAUUAUAAGCGUAAGAAUUUAUUAGACCAUGAGAAAUUUUACAUCACUGCGUUCGGAGAAAAUAUUUAAAAAAAAAGAAUCAUUCAUCUUCGUCCAUCACGCAAGCUUAAUUUUUGUAUAUCAAUCUCUUUUAUUUUAAUCUCGAUCCUUUAAAACCGAUCCCUCAAAAAUGUUCCAAGAACCUAUAUCAAUAUUGAGCGAAUUAAUCACACGCUUAACGAACUAGAGUAAUCUUUUGUGUAUUCUUUUGUGUAUCUCUAUAUUAAUAUAAAGAUUUCGGUGCACUUUUUA